AUGCUCUUGGUUUCCUUCCUUGCAGAAUGUCUAGAGGGUGAUGAGAUCCCAGAAGACCUAAGUCCGCUCUCCUAUUGGCGUCCAAAGACAGACCAACAGUUGGAUUUCCCAGAAGACAAUCAAGACAACUCUUUGGCUCAAGAGGAGCCUAGAGGGGCAUGGGAUGUGGCCAGUGAUGGAGAGGCCUCCCAUGAGCUUUCUUUUGAGGGUCAGUAUGGCUCAGAGUUCAGCACCAGUCCUGAGGCACUGAGAGAUCCUUUGACUUCGUUUCAACACUGCAAGUCCUACAGCUUGGCCUCAGAUGGUGGGGAGGAGGACGUAUCGGAAAACUCCAACCUCAGCCCGUCUCCUUCUGGGAUGCCUCUGGAGCACACCCACUUAAAAAUAGAUGUCUCUGAGGUGCAGGGGCCACAUAGUGACACUCAGGAGCUCUUCUCUCCAUUGGGAAGGAGUCCCGGGCUUAGUUCUCCUCCACCUUCCAUGCCUUGGAGUCGGAGCUCCUUCGCAGACCACCUUCGCAACUCUCCCAGCGUUGAUCCUGAGAUGUCUUCCUGGGUGGAGACCAUGGGUCAACCGAUGGAGACUGUCCUCAAGAUGACAUCCCAAAAAGAACAGUAUGGUACAUUGGUCACAACUCAACCUGAAGAGAGACAAUUGGAUUUGAGUGAGACUAUAGAAACGGGUCCUGAUCCAAGUCAGGUCCAUCAGUGGAGACCAGAAAGAGCACGGAAGCUGAAGACCAGCAUCUCCCAAGGUCUCCCGUCCAAAUUCAGCAGGCAGUCAAGAUCCCUGAGUCCUCCGAGAAGAGCCUCCCAAAGAAAAGCAGCCGGAGGACCGGAUUCCAGUAAUCCAACCCAAACAAGCCCUCCCAUCCCUGCUAUGAGCAACGCUGUGCCUUACGGCCGAGGGCAGCUCAACUACCCGUUGCCGGAUCUAUCCAAAGUGGAGCCUCGGGUCAGAUUCCCCACUCAAUGUUACCACCCGCCUCGAGGGAAGACCCUCCUGGCCAAGUCCAGGGAUCCUGGGAAGCCGGUGAUCUUCAAGUCUCCUGCUGAGAUUGUCCGCGAGGUCUUGUUGAGCAGCGGAGAGGGAUCCCCCCAGCAACACGCAGCCGCUCCCACCGUCUCCGUGAUUCCAGAAGAAUUGAAAUCCCCGCAGCAAGCCACCGAAUUGGUGCAUCAGCUUCAGGAGGAUUACCACAAACUGCUGACGAAAUAUGCUGAAGCUGAGAAUACUAUUGAUCGGCUGAGACUGGGUGAAAAGGUACACUUGUAUGCUGACUCUCCGCAGCCCAGCUAUAUGGUCCAGAUGGGGACGGUAUCACCAGCCUCCAAGGUUAUGACGCUUAGCCUCCCUCAGGUCAGGGCAUCUGAGAUCACAGGGAGAUCUCACCCAGCAUUAGAACCUGCUCAGGACAAAGGGUUUUCUGGACAGUUUGCAAUUUCAUCUUCCGGUAGCAGCUCUGCAAACCCUGGCAUUUUGAGCAUGGAUGGUUCUCCUUCCAAAGGCGACUUUUUCACAGGAGAUGAGUUGACCAAGUUGUUGGCUUUGCAGGCAAAGAAAUUCCAGUCUCAGGUGGAAUCUCUGGAGGACUUAGUUCGGACGGGGAGGCUGACACCUGAGGACCAGCGAAAGGGCUUUGCAAGGCUAAGGGAUGCCCAAGGUGCCUUGGAGCAGGCGUACCAGCAGGCCCGGGAUCAACACCGGAUGCUGCAGAAGCAACAAGGACCUGCUGGGACGUUAGGGGAUUUUGACCCCGAUCGUGUGGUGGAAGGAGAGAUAUUCCAUCUGGAGAUGCGCUUGGAAGAGCUGAAGGAGAGACUGGGACAGGCUGCCUUCAACCAGAGCAACCCAGGGCCAACCAUUGUCUCUUCCACCCAUAUUCCAGAACAGAAUCCAGAGGCACAGAUGGGGUCACCAACUCCAUCUCUCCAUGCUCCGAUCCCGGCUGUCCGCAUGCCAUAUCCUGAGGUCUCCAACUUGGAAAAGGGCCGCUACCGAGUCCAAGUGGAUGUGGAGGUGAGCUCAGUCAGCGACGAGAUGUCCGAAGAAGGCCUUCCGGAGCCUCUUCGCCAUAUGCAGCUCCAGGUGGAGAAGGACUUUGACCACCUCCUGGGACACUACAACAGCUUCAAGUCAUUGCCAGCAGCCCUGAGUUUGGAACGGCUAGAUUCGGGUGAGCAUCAUUCCUCGCUGGAAGAAAUGGAUGGUGCAACGGAUGCUACAAAUCCUGGGACCAAAAAGCACUCCUUCCAGACAGCGCCUAAAGCUAAGAAGGCCCCUCGCAUCCCGUCCUCUUCCUCCAUGAAGGAGACUCAACAGAGCACACAACUCCAUCCGCUUCCAAGAAACCCCCGGAAGCCAACUUACCAAAUUGGGCAUGGACCCAUAUCUCAGGUGGGGACGUUGGCAAUGCAAGAGGAAUCCACUGAGAAGAGCAGGGCCUCGUGUGCCAUCCGCAAGAAGGUUUCCUCCAAAGGGCCGCAGGGGCAGCUUUCGCCACAUAGCAGCAUGGUCAGUGUUGCAGGCAGCGCUCUUUCCGAACGCAUCCCCGGGAUGCAGCCCUUCCAGAAGACCAAUACGGCAUUGUCAGAGGAUCUCCGCAUUGUGUCCCCAGAGACGGAUAGUGGAUUUGUGGGAUCUGAAGCAAGCAGGGUGUCCCCCUUGGCACAGAGGCCUAAGCAACGCUCAUCCCAUUUGAGGUCCCAUGGGGUUAUGGGAGAAUCGGCUCCGCAGGAUGGAGCCCAGCAACCAGCUCCUCAGUGGAAGAGACCCAUCGUGAUGGAACCGCUAAGAGCAAAUGUCUCAAUGAGGGACCGAUCUUCGGAGGAUGGUCCCCAGAGACGAAGCCUUUGCAAAAGAGGCCCGUUCGGUACUCGCUCCAUUCGGCAGCGGACAAACAACAUUGCAAGUGAGAUGGAGCCAGGCACCGAGAGCUCUCACACCAACUCAGAGCCUGAGAUGGAACCACCUGGUGAACGUGGCACAUGCACCCCCCCGCCGAAUGAGUUGAAGCGCUCUGGGUCUCCCAGUUCCUCCUCUCUGACCUACGACGACAGUCUUCUUGACUCUCGCUUGAAACGAGACCAAGCGAUCACGGCUUUGCAGAACGAAGUUUCACACCUGCGGCAAAGUCUGGACGAGACCCUCCAUGGGUCCUAUGGCUACCCAAAGCACUUCUCCUCCCCACGCUCCUCUAAACUCCAGGCGCCGCUCCAAGCCAUGGCCUGCUUCUCCACAAGGACCAAACCAGUUCAGAAAACCUCAGGGAAAAACACAGUCGAAUCUGAGAGUCUACCUCCAACCAUCAAUUCAGAAGAGCGGUUGAGGAGAACAUCACUCCCCCAAAGUGGGACUCGGGAAAAUCCCACCUCAUCUGAGUUGAAUUCCUCUUCGCCAAAGUCCCAUAAACAAAAGCAAAAGGAAGCCUCUGCUUCUAAAACGAAGCCCUCAAAGCAGACCAUUCUACGAGGACCUUAUACAGGGACGCCGUAUGCCUUUACAAACCCAGAGCCCCAAGAACCACGGAUCAUCAACAGCACUUCCUCCUGUUCCCAUUGCCAAGAAGCCCAGUCACACCUUGGAAAUGUACUCACAAGUGACCCAGGCAGCGAUGAGACUGAAGGUGGUGAUUCUCAAAGGGAUCCCUUUGGACCUUCUCAGCAUACAACUCAGAAGAAAAUAGAAGCACCAAGAUGCCUUUUCUGCAAGGAAACUGGGAAGCACAAAACAAAUGUGGUGCAUGGACAAAGCCAUCCAAGAGAGGACACCCUGGCUCAGGACUUUGGAGCACAACAGAAACCUGUCAACCGCCGUCCAUCACGACAGCCUGGCUUCUGGCACACUGCAGUCUCACCACAAGCUCCCACCAUUGGUUACAUCCCCACCGUUCCAUUGGCAACUUAUCCUUUGUCAUCUAUAAUAUACUGUCCUCCUGUCGCAACUACCUCAACCUCUCCCUCUCCAGUUGGUCUCCCAGUUUAUGCCCCUGGCAGUUUCCAGUUUGGACCGCUGAAAGCAUGGCGGAGACCGCAAUCGGAUCUCGACUCCGACGACAGCUUACAGGAUCUGAACUGGUCCCUGAGCCGUGUGGUGGAAGUGGCCAAAGACAUGAAGUUGACCGCCCGGCGCAUGAGCAGGACGUUAACUUGGGAACUGAACAAAGCCAAAAGUCUGCGAGGAUCGUGCCUCUUCUGAAAAUCCUCUGAGCAUUACUGGAGUGGCCAAAAAAAGGAAGACCAAGAUGCAUAGUAUCUGAAGGGAUAUGUGUCCGUAGGUAACUGUGGAGCCCUAUUCUUGAUCCGCAUGUUCCCCCACAUUGAGGACAUCCAUUUCCAGAUGGAAGGUGGUCCCAGUCGGAGUUUGGCUUGAUGCGCCUUCCUCUUGGCUCCCUUUCGCUCUCCAUUCGUGCCUCUUUGAAUUCUGCAGCACUGCUGGUCACAGCUGACCUCCAAUUAGAGCACUCAAGGACCAGAGCUUCCCAGUUCUCGGGGUCUAUGCAUUGAAGCAAUGCUCCUCCGCCAUCAACUCCACUGAACCAGCCACGUUGUCCAAAUGCCCAAAGAUCACCAUUUCCCAAAGCAGUUACUCGAAUUCUGCAGCACUGCUGGUCACAGCUGACCUCCAAUUAGAGCACUCAAGGGUCAGAGCUUCCCAGUUCUCGGGGUCUAUGCAUUGAAGCAAUGCUCCUCCGCCAUCAACUCUGCUGAACCGGCCACGUUGUCCGAAUGCCCAAAGAUCACCGUCUUCCAAAGCAGUUGCUCGAAUUCUGCAGCACUGCUGGUCACAGCUGACCUCCAAUUAGAGCACUCAAGGGCCAGAGCUUCCCAGUCCUCGGGGUCAAUGCAUUGAAGCAAUGUUCCUCCACCAUCAACUCCGCUGGACCGGCCACGUUGUCUGAAUGCCCAAAGAUCACCGUCUCCCAAUCCGUUGCCAAGAACAUAUUUGAUGCCUUAACUGUAUUGGUGAAAGUAGAGUCUUGCAGUCGCAUGGGGACAGCAAUGGAAGCCAUCCCACUCAGAAGAGAAGCCCACUACCUACAAAGCUGCUAAGGAAUUAGUGAGUUGAACUUUAUGGUUUUGUUGUCAUCUGCUGUCACUACUCCUUGCUCCAAAAUGGGAUUGCUACUGGUCUAAGUCACCAACAGGAUUCCAUCUUGCGGAAUGGCACUCCGACCCUACAAGUGGCAGCACUUCUUGUAUCUCGAAGUCAGCUCUACUCGCACUUUCUGCCUCUUUCCCAAGCACAAAAGGAUGUCACAUUGCUUUCAUAGGACACAAACGAAGAAAGUAGGAGUAACAUAGGCGCAUUCACUCUUCAUCUCCGAAAACAAACCCUCAGGAGUGUAUAUGUGUUGUCUUUGUAUAUGCAUUGCCUAUGAAUCCUCCUGAAAGUGCUCAGUCAUGGUGCAAAUCGCCCUAUAUAUUCAUAUAUAAGUCUAGAAAUUUUAGCCAAAGGCCCUAUCUUAAAAAAAAAGUCUGCUUAUUUAUUUUUUUCUGUGUCGGGAGCAAAACUGCAAGUGGCUUCUGGUGUGAGAGAAUUGACCGUCUGCAAGGACGUUACCGAGGACGGCCGAAUGUUUUA